AGAGCUGCAAGCCAUGAUGUAUACAAUCAAUAUGGACUUAAUGCCUAGCAGCUCUUUUGUUGGGACUCAGCUGUCACCGUGAUAGAGGCAAACUACCUUCACCUAUGGCCAGUCUGGAAAGAAAUAAGAAAAUCCUGCUUGAUUUAGUGAAACAGCCAGGCAAUAACUUCUGCGCUGACUGUGGAGCUCCUGAGCCUGACUGGGCCUCGUACACUCUCGGUAUCUUUGUGUGCCUGAACUGCUCAGGGAUACACCGUGAUUUACCCGCUGUCAGCCGAGUCAAGUCCAUACGUCUGGACUUCUGGGACGAUUCCCUCGUGGAGUUCAUGAGGGAGAAGGGGAACUCUGCAGCCAAGGCCAUUUAUGAGAAGGAUGUACCUUCCUUUUUCUACCGACCCCACCAAAAAGACUGUGUUAUUCUUAAGGAUCAGUGGAUCCGCGCUAAAUAUGAGAGAAGAGAAUUCACGGGAGACGACAACUACUUUAAGCAAGCUUAUAGCUCAGGCCUGUUUGAGUCAACACUGUGGAAGAAGGGCAAGGACAAGAAGCAGUUCCUGAAGAGGACCUUCGUGCUGUCCCAGAAAGACUUCACCCUCAGAUACUUUGUGAGAGAGGAUUCUAAGGUGCCAAAAGCGGUCAUCUCCAUGAAGGACCUGAAUGCAAUUUUCCAGCCAGAGAAGAUUGGCCAUGCUCACGGCCUGCAGAUCUCCUACCUGCAGGAGGAACGGACUAGAAAUCUGUUUGUUUACCAUGAAAACGGGCAGAUAAUUGUAUCUUGGUUCAACGCUAUUCGGGCGACACGCUUGGCCUACCUCCAGAGGGAGCAUCCCACUGUUCAUGACAUCGAUCUUAUACCUCAAAUAAGCAGAAGUAGCCUGAAGGAGGGGUACAUGGAGAAAACUGGGCCAAUGCAGUGGGAGCCAUUCAAGAAGAGGUGGUUCACGCUGAGCUCAAUGGACAGAAAACUUCUCUAUUUUAAAACUCCAUUGGAUGCAACAGAGGUGGGUGCUGUCUUCAUUGGCACAGAGAGCCAUGAAUACUCUGUGAGAGAAGGGCCGUGCCGAAGCAUGAGGGGAAGCAGGUGGCGCUGUGGCAUCACCUUGCAAACACCGGGCAGGCAGUUUGUGUUCAUGUGCGAGCAGGAGCAGGAGCAGAAGGAAUGGCUGGAGGCCUUCAGACAGAUCAUCGCUCAACCCAUGACCCGACAGGACUACAUUAGGGAAUCCAACUGGAGAAGGUCAAGAUGACAGCAACGGGUCUCCGUUCUGGUUUGCAGGUGUUCAGGAUGUGAUGUGGGGAGAAAGCAUCCUCUGCAGGACACAAUGGACUGGAAGCAUUACUUCACCAGGAAGCUCAUGGACUUCUCAAAUAAAACACAAAGACGAACUGUAACUUCCACCGGCAGCACUGCACAACACACUAUUAUUUUGAAUUAUGGUAACUUAUUAACUAUUGCACUUUGCACCAUCUAUACUUAGGACACGUGGAGGACUAAUUAUCAUAGCUGGGUCCGAGCUGCUUAAUGACUGUAUCUUG